GUAACGAAUGCAAUAAAUAGUUGCUCAAUUAGUAUUUAUCUUCUAAGAAGAAAAGUUAAUAGAAGAAGAACUUUCAAAGAGCACGGAUAAACGAAUAGAGAAAUCAUUAAUUCUCGAAAAAAACAUGGAAUCGUGUAUGGCCAGAAGUUGUUCGCCGAUGCUACAGUCGUCGCCAAUUUGCCUCUUUACUUUAUUGCUACAAACGUUGGAGGCAUCCUAUUAUGGGUUAAGUAAUCCGAAUAUAUAUCCCAAAGAUCGCACACAAGAGAUUUUAAGUUCGAAAAUGAAAUUCGAUUUUGUGAUCGUUGGUGGUGGAAGCGCGGGAUCUGUUUUGGCUCGCAGAUUAACGGAAGUGGAGGAUUGGAAGGUUCUGUUAAUCGAAAGAGGAGGGUAUCCUUUACCCGAAACCGUGAUUCCUGCUUUCUUCACCAAUAAUUUGGGUUUGUCACAGGAUUAUGCUUACAAGGUCGAGAAUCAAGAAGAAGCCUGCUUGAGCCAAGUCGACAAACGAUGCAGAUGGUCGAAAGGUAAAGCCCUUGGUGGAAGUUCCGUUAUCAACGCCAUGUUCUACAUCUUUGGUAACAAAAGAGACUACGACACUUGGGCAAAUUUAGGAAACCCCGGAUGGAAUUACGAACAAGUACUUCCAUACUUUAGAAAAUCGUUGAGCUGUUCAUCCGAAUACAUAGCCAAAUAUGGUACCGAAUAUUGCGGAACAGACGGCCCUUUAAGAAUCAGAAAUUACAAUUACACUGAAUCAGACGGGAUAGAUAUAAUGUUGGAAGCCGCGCACGAGGCGGGAUACGAUAUUCUCGAACCAUUGAACGGUGAUCGUUUUAUCGGAUUUGGAAGAGCGAUGGGCAACCUCGACAAUGGGCAACGGCAAAAUUGUGCAAAAGCUUUCCUCUCCCCGGUCAAAAACAGAAAGAAUCUGUACGUAAUGACGUCGAGCAGAGCGGACAAGAUUCUGUUCGAGGAUGAACGUGCUGUCGGUGUACGAAUCACUUUGAGCAACAACGAAACGGUGGAAGUGAGAGCGACGAAGGAAGUGAUUCUGUCGGCGGGAAGUAUAGCCAGCCCGCAGAUACUGAUGCUCUCGGGAAUCGGGCCAAAGGAGCAUUUGAAAGAAAUGGGAAUAUCCACUCUCGUCGAUCUGCCUGUCGGGAGGAAUCUUCAAGAUCACGUGUCGUGGUUAACGUUUUACUUAACCUAUGCGAAUGAAUCGAUGACACCUCCUCCCGACGAGAAGAAUCAGAUGGACGCCAUUUACGAGUAUUUGAAACAAAAUAUUGGCCCGUUACACACCCUUCCAAUCGAAUUGACCGGUUUCGUGAACGUGGACGAUCCUCAUUCGAAGUAUCCGAAUGUUCAAUUUAUGUUCAUACCAGUAGAAUAUUUAACCCAGUUAACAUCAUUCCUACAUUCCUUCAACGUGGACAAUGAUCUGAUAGAAAGGAUUGGGAAGGAUAUCAAGGAAAUGAAAAUAAUUUUUGGGUUCCCUAUAUUAUUGAAACCUUUGAGCCGAGGUUUACUCGAGUUGCGUAGCACCGAUCCCGCCGAUCCCGUUAAGAUUUAUCCGAAUUAUUUCGUCGAGAAGGAAGAUUUCAAAACGUUGUUGAAAUCCGUGGAUAUCGUUAAGGCUUUCUUAAACACCAAGACUCUGAAGAAGUACGGCAUGAAAUUAUAUUAUCCUGACAUUCCCGGAUGUCGACACACGAAGCCAGGUACCGAUGAAUAUUGGGAAUGCAAUCUUAAACACUUGUCUACCACGUUGUAUCAUCCGUGUGGAACGGCCAUGAUGGGACCGGCCAACGAUUCCAGAGCCGUUGUGGAUUCGAGAUUGAAAGUGUACGGUAUCGAAAAUUUGCGAGUGAUCGACGCGUCGAUCAUGCCGGAAGUGACGAGCGGGAAUACUAAUGCGCCGACUAUAAUGAUCGGAGAGAAGGGAGCGGAUAUAAUUAAAGAGGAUUGGGGCGUAAUGAUAUAAAGAUCAGAAAUUGAGAUAUCAUAGAGAUGCACGUGUUAUUAUUUUAUUAUGCAUGUAUAUAUACGACACGUGCAACAAUGUUAUGUAUAUUUAUGUUAACGUUUGUUGAAUUAUUUUUGUGAAUCGAGGUUCGUACGAAUGACAAUUUUCAAUUGCACUUGGAUUUUGUAGUAUGAUAAUACUUCAUUCCACAUCCCAAAGCUUGUUCUUGCAACUUUUUGAAAAAAAUUCGAGUCUUAUUUCACGAGCAUUCGAACAGGGGAGAUCGUUUUCUAGUUUUUACGAUCAAUUAAAGUAAUUAGUAUGGAGAUAUCGAUUUGAAUGCAUUAAAGGGAUAAAACAAAAUUCUCUGGGGAACUUAAACGUUAUCACGGAAACAAAGUUUUGAAAAUGUUUUCUGGAAGAAACUUUGAUGAAAAUAUAUUUAAUAAGGAAUGGGGAUUAUUUCGAAUGGGACAAAAUAAAAAUAAAUAAAUAAAUGUAAA